UAUUGCAAAACUCAUCUUUACAGUGAUGAGCCUUAAAUUUACAGGAUAAUAUAUUACUCUAUUCUUCUCUCCUCAGCAAAAGACAUAAAGAUUACACUGGGCAGAACUGCAGAGCUAAUCACAGAGAUGUCCAAAAUGGUUAUGACCACAAUGGGGGAGUGGGAGCUGCUGGAUAUCACCACCCAUGAAUUCAAUACAGACCUUGAAAAUGAUGAGUAUAUUGAUGAGCUUAUAUUUCAUAUCAGAGUGAGGCGCCGCCCGACCAUGUAUGUGGUGAACCUGCUGAUCCCCAGCUGCUUCCUCAUCACAGUGGACCUCUUCAGCUUCCUGCUGCCUCCCCAGGCCGUGGACCGUUCCUCCUUCAAGAUGACCCUCAUCCUGGGCUACACCGUCUUCCUGCUCAUAAUGAAUGACCUACUGCCCAUCACUGGAAACACAAUUCCUCUCAUAAAUGUGUUCUUCUCUCUCUGCCUGGCUCUGAUGGUGGCCAGUCUCCUGGAGACUAUCUUCAUCACCAACCUGCUGUACAGCUCCACCACCUUCUCCCCCGUCCCUCGCUGGAUCCGAGUGCUCGUCCUGAAAAUUCUGGGUCGUCUGGUUUGCAUGCCUCUGAAAAAGGAGUCAGAUGUGGAGCAAAGUGUUGUGGUGGCAAACAGUAAAACUGAUGAGAUGCCUCUGGAGGAUAAGGGACCAGUGGUGGAGGACAGGACCCUGCAGGAGCUGAAGAGCAUGGGCAAGGACCUCCAGGCCAUCCGCCUGCAAGUGGGGCAGCAGUCUGGUGGAAGCCAAAGCUCAGAGGAGUGGAUCCAGGUGGGUUUCAUCAUAGACCGCCUGCUGUUCAUCCUCUACAUCCUCUUCAUAUCAGUCAGCUUCAUUGCCUUCAUCAUUAUCUGGGUGCAGUCAAACAAUAAUUACACAGAGAUCCACAAGAUGACAGCACAGUCAUCCAAAAUCCUGCAGCACAAGUCUCCUCCCUGGUGGAAAGAGGACAGCGAGGCUCCAGAGCAGAGAGGAUCGCUAAAUAACAACAAGGCCCUGGAGGAGCUGAGGAGCCUGGGCAGGGUCCUCCAGGCUCUCCGCCUUCAGGUGGAGCAGCAGCUGGUUGUAAACCAGAGCUCAGAGGAGUGGGUCCAGGUGGGUUUUGUCGUAGACCACCUGCUGUUCAUCCUCUACAUCCUUUUCAUAUCAGUCAGCUUCAUUACCAUCAUCAUUGUCUGGGUGCAGUCAAACAACACAUCCUGAGUUUGUUGUUGUCCUCUUCCAUUCUUGGAGGAUUUUGUAGA